AUGGCGUCUCACGGUAGUUGGCUGUUCUGUUUACGGACUCUAUCGUUGAGCAUCUUCUUUGACUGCACGUAUUGCCAUUUUCACAGUGUUCUCGGAAAUGAUGUCGAUAGCUGUAAAAGUCUACGCUUGGGACAAUAUCUUUUUUACAAUUUUUGUUUUAGCAAAUCACGACAAUGACAGGGUUUUGAUUCCAGUUCGCUAGCUAACGUUACCUGUCUAGCUCUAUCUGGUAACAUGCUAGCUAGCAACACAAGCCUGCGAAGUGUGUACUUUUGGGAAACAAUGUAGCUAACUAAUCAAAUUGUGAAACUGUCUCGGAUCUGAACAUUAACGUGCAUCGCUUGCGGUAAGGUUUUGGAAGCAUGCGCGUAUCUUUAAUACCAGGGAAAAAUAAAAUAGAUUAAAUUGAUACACAUUUUUAACAGGGUUAGUGUACUGUUCUGUUCCCACAAGGCCAUAUCUCCACGUUCCAGCGAGAGAAAAUAUCCCCUCUGUAAUAAAGAUUUGCAUGCAUCUAUAAUCACAUUUGCGUAGUGGCAUACAGUUGAGCAGACACGUUUUUAGUAUUUCAAUUUUUUUUUUUUGCACGGUCUGGAAAAACAUUGGCAUUACAUAGACAUGCAUGAAAUGUGUUUUUAUGUCAUUUACGUGAUAGAAGACGAGCAGAAUUUUGUAUUUUUUUUAUACCACACAAAUUGCCAAAUGCAGGCUACUGUGUAACUUGCUAUUCAGUAUCUUUGCAAAGAACCACGGAUAGAUGAUGCCACUCAAGAACCUGCGAACUGCAAGGACAUGAUAGCUUGGGUGGAAUGCCUACCUGCUCCGAAUGUCAGCUGCCGCUUGUCCAACGGGACAGAGUUUCGGUUCAGCGGAGAGGAAGUGGGCUUCAACCAGAGCAUCCCCUGCAGGAAUGUGAGCGGUUACUCCUACAAAAUAGCAGUGGCCUUGUCCCUCUUCCUGGGGUGGUUAGGUGCUGAUCGCUUCUACCUGGGAUACCCAGCUUUAGGGCUGCUCAAGUUCUGCACUGUGGGCUUCUGUGGGAUUGGGAGCUUGGUGGAUUUCAUGUUGAUCUCAAUGCAGAUAGUGGGUCCAUCGGAUAAGUCUGACUACAUAGUGGACUACUACGGUGCCAGACUCACACGCCUCUCCAUCACCAACGACACCUAUAGAAGAACUCAGAUCUCACCCUGAGGGUGGGUACACGAGUAUAGCAUGUUAGACAUGCCGCACCGGGGUACACGGGUGAAUCUUAAGUCUAUAGCAUGUUAGUUAGAGACAACAGGCUUCGGCGAGUCAUUCGCUGUGUAAUUGUGGAAACCCAGAACAAACAUGUCAUGUAACUGCAUCCGCUACCAUUUACAUGUUAUGAAGUCUGUCCACGAGAGAUGAGCCACUUUAUACCAGUUUGCACGUCUUUUCACCUAACGGUGUACAUACACGACAUGACCAAAAGUAUUUGGGCACUUGUUCGUCGAACAUCUCAUUCUAAAAUCAUGAGUUGGUCCCCCUUUUGCAGCAAGAGCAGGCCUCACUCUCCUGG